AGAUUUAAAAAAAGAAAAAAGAGAGAAAACCGAAUUAACAAAUCCUUUGAUAAGAAAAAAAGAAAAUUCCAAAAUCCUCAAUUUCAUUUGCAUUUGAAUUGCAUUUCACAUCCUUCCUCUAUGUUCUUUCAAUUUUUAUUUAUUCAUUAUUUUUAAUUCUCGCCUUUUCCAAUAAUCACAUAAACACAAAAUUUUUAUUUCAAAAAGAAAAUCCUCAUUUCACAGAGAUCAACAGAACACACAGGAUAGGAAAAUAUAGAGGGAGAGAGAGUUUUAGAAGGGAGGAAUGAUAGACAGAUCUUCAAAACGAUUCCAUAUUUUCAUUCACAGAUCGUGAAUAUAGUGGUGGAAUCUUUUCAACAAAGUAUCUGAUUUAUCUUUUUUUUUUUUUAGUGAUUCGAAUUCGAGUUUUCUUAAAAAAAUAAAAUAAAGACCGUACGAUCGAUAUUUGAAAAAGAUGCCAUCGCAUGGGGAUCUGGACCGUCAGAUCGAGCACUUGAUGGAGUGCAAACCGUUACCGGAAGCGGAGGUAAAGACGCUAUGCGAUCAAGCGAGAGCGAUUCUAGUAGAGGAAUGGAACGUGCAACCGGUGAAAUGUCCGGUGACUGUUUGUGGCGAUAUUCACGGACAGUUUUAUGAUCUGAUUGAGCUUUUUAGGAUAGGAGGGAAUGCACCUGAUACUAAUUAUCUCUUUAUGGGAGAUUAUGUAGAUCGGGGAUACUAUUCAGUGGAGACUGUUACACUCUUAGUGGCCUUGAAAGUUCGUUAUAGAGAUAGAAUUACUAUACUUAGAGGAAACCAUGAGAGCAGGCAGAUCACGCAAGUGUAUGGAUUUUAUGACGAGUGCUUGAGAAAAUAUGGAAAUGCCAAUGUGUGGAAGUAUUUCACUGACCUUUUUGAUUAUCUACCUCUUACAGCGCUCAUUGAGAGUCAGAUCUUCUGUUUGCAUGGUGGACUUUCUCCAUCUUUGGAUACAUUAGAUAAUAUUCGAGCUUUGGACCGUAUACAAGAGGUUCCGCAUGAAGGACCUAUGUGUGAUCUCUUGUGGUCUGAUCCUGAUGAUCGAUGCGGGUGGGGUAUAUCUCCUCGUGGUGCUGGCUAUACAUUUGGACAGGAUAUAGCUGCCCAGUUCAACCAUACAAACGGGCUGACUCUGAUUUCACGGGCUCACCAGCUUGUUAUGGAAGGGUACAAUUGGUGUCAGGAAAAGAAUGUGGUUACUGUGUUUAGUGCUCCAAACUAUUGCUAUCGUUGUGGAAAUAUGGCUGCAAUACUAGAGAUUGGGGAAAACAUGGAUCAGAAUUUCCUUCAAUUUGAUCCUGCACCUCGGCAAAUUGAGCCUGACACCACACGCAAGACCCCAGAUUAUUUUUUAUAAUUUCCUUAUUUCUACCUGUUGUUUGUAUGUAAUCUUGGUUUGCUGCUGUAUCACUGUAGAUGUGUCUUGAAGAGGAGUUUUUGUUGUUUAAGUGAGGUUGAUCGACAACGUCAUUCUUUGUUUGGAGUUUGUCCUGCUGCUGCUGCUUUGUUGAUUGCUCGAGUCGGGUAGCUCGAUAGGAAAAUUGACAGGAGGCACCAAUGGCCAUAUGUCUUGUAUAUUUUCAGAAAGAGGAAAGCAGUAAUAACAUGGUAUAUCUUGUUCUGUAAUUUUAUAAUUUCAAGGUAGAGAGCAGGGUUUUUUUUGGUGAGCAAA